AUGACACGCCCACCGAAGUCGGCUGAGUCUCCUCUCACCGAUUCGUCUGGUGGCGGGCCUCAUAACCACCGGGCCUUCCCCGCUCAGCACACGACCCUUCCUUCUACCUCACAGGCAGUCAGCAACAUGAGCAACCUGCCUAAGCAUCAAGGCAGCCCCCGCAUCUCUCAAGACCGCUACUCCAUGCCUUCACCCGAGGUUCAAGCACUGCGCAACGAGAUCUCGCCGGACUCUCCCGGCCCCAAUACAGAUCAGUUCUCAUUGACAGUUCGAGACCUGCACCACAGUGACGAGUCGAACCAGAUCAUCGCAGCUGGGGAAUUGAGCCAGUGGAAGCGUAUGAACCGUGACCUUCCUGAGGGCCUCAGCGAUGUGCACGCUCCCCAGCCUGCAACCAUGGGUGACGCCGUCCAGCAAGUUGCUCCCCGCCCCUCCCCCAAGUCGUCGUCAACAAUCAGAAAGCCCGACGGCCCCUUCACAUCGUCUGCGCCCACUUCCGGCAUCGGGUCCGUUUCUGCUCAACCAGACGCCGAAGUUCCUAAGAUGACAAUUAACACGCCUCAAGGACCUAGAACUUUCGUUUCUUACACGCCGGGUCCUCCGAGCGACACAUCGGAUGAUGUAACCGAUACCGAAGCCAUGGAGGAUCUUCUGAACCCUGAUGUUCCCAAGAUGACAAUUAACACGCCUCAAGGUCCUAGGACUUUUGUCUCUGUCAGGCCACGUCCUCCGAGAAACGAAUCACGAGGUUCGACUCCGGCUCGUGGUACAGCUCCCCUUCGUCCCCUCAUCAUGCGCCGACCCCCGGGGGGAUUCCAGCCCAUCGUGGCUCGGCGUGUUCGGGUAUUUCAAGACUCCCCAUACUCCUAUGAGCCCGUCGACGAGCGCUGGAACGAGUACAUCGAGAGUCCGUCACGCUCUGUCCCUGACGGAGUGCGCGUGGCACCGUCGCCUUCAAGUUCCCCGGAUCCCCUCGCUGGUCAGCAAGCUGCAACUUUAUCACCUCACUCGCCCUCUGAUUCUUUCCUUGACUCUAGCACACCGAUCCAAGACCGUUCGAAAGAGCUGGAGGCUGAGCCCGCCCUUCCUCCCGGCAGUUUGAGCGGCCCUCGCACGAAGAUCUCGCAAUCCAUUCAGCGGCCCGUUAAGCCUCGGCCCAGAUCGAAGUAG